CUUGACGCCCCGCCUGCGCGCUGUGUCCCCAGGUUUCCUGGGGCCCUGGCUGGGGGAGGCGGCGGGGGGAACACGCAGCUCCUACCUGGGCGUGCAGGAUGCAGCUGCCUGCCGGCGUCUUGGUGGUGUGCCUGGGUCUGGGGGCUGGCCUGGCUCAGAGCGACCCCAGCCCCAAAGCCGAGGAGUCCUACUCCGACUGGGGCCUCCGGCAACUCCGGGGCAGCUUCGAGUCCGUCAACAGCUACUUCGAUUCCUUUCUGGAACUGCUGGGAGGGAAGAACGGCCUGUGUCAGUACCGGUGCCGGUACGGAAAGGCACCGAUGCCCAGACCUGGCUACAAACCUCAGGAGCCCAACGGCUGCAGCUCCUAUUUCCUGGGUCUCAAGGUACCAGGAAGUAUGGACUUGGGCAUCCCAGCCAUGACCAAAUGCUGCAAUCAGCUGGACAUCUGCUACGACACCUGUGGCGCCAAUAAGUACCGCUGCGAUGCGAAAUUCCGGUGGUGCCUCCACUCCAUCUGCGCCGACCUCAAGCGGAGCCUUGGCUUCGUCUCCAACGUGGAAGUAGCCUGUGAUUCCCUGGCUGACACCGUGUUCAAUACUGUGUGGACCCUGGGCUGCCGGCCUUUUAUGAACAGUCAACGCGCAGCUUGCAUCUGUGCAGAAGAGGAGAAAGAGGAGUUAUGAGGACAAGGCGGUCCCUCCUGGCUUUGGGUGACAUCACAGCUUCAGAACAGUGGUGGCGUGGUGUCGCACAUGUGUGUCAUCCUGUCUUCCGACACUUUGGACACCACAAAGCAGGAGAAAGGAAACUAGGAGUCCUGUCCCUUGAGGAAAGCCGAGAAGAGAAUGUGGAGAGCUCGAAGGCUACUCUUUAACACCGGUCUUCCCAACCAAGACAUAUUUGCCUGGAAAUCCAGUUGUUAGCAUAAAAACAACUACAAGCAAACCCCGUGAUUCCUAGAUCCAAUCAUGAUAGUCACAGGUGAAAUUCUGGGGAAUGCAAGCACUGGGAACAGUGACUUUCCUCUGGCCCAUGUUUCAGUUGCCAGCCAGCACCUCACAUUUAAUAAAGUACUUUUUAGAAAACCCGAAAA